AUGGACCAGAUUAGGCCCGCCGUUCAGGUGGUUGUGAAUGGUUAUUCCCAGUCGCAGCCCGCUUAUGCCUCGAAUAUGUCGUUAUCGAAUCGAUCCCGGCCGCUUUCAGUGGACGAAGCACUUCAGUAUUCCUCCAUGUCUAGCGCGCCUGUCUUUGGUCUUGAUUGUAUCAUACGCCCUGAUGUCGGCCGGCCGUCGAAUACUACGUCAAUCAACCAUGUCCUUCAAUCUGGUCGAAAUACACUGAGUGAGCUGGACGCGGAGAUUCAUUCUGGGCAAGAUGAGUCGAGUCGCUUGGAAACUUCGCGUGAAUACCUUCAGCAAUUGUUAGAUGGUGAUCAGUUGUCUGAAUUUAAAUUCAAACUUCCUCCCGCCCUCAAUCGCAGCCAAAAACCACCGUCACCUGUCACUGCCCAAAAUGGCCCUCCGUCCGGUCGUAACCAGCUAGGGUCUUUCGCGAAAAUGAUGCUCGAUUCAACGGAUAUAGCCUUCAGAUAUCCCGAGACAUCAACGUCAAAAGCCAAGAUAGAACAAAAAGAGGCCCUAAAGAAGAAUAUCAUACGGAAUCAACAAACAUAUUCUGCGAACAAGUCACUUUCAACGUCCUUUGAAUCAACUAAACACGCGUCACCACUCCAACCAUUCAAACCUUCUCACCCAUCUGAAGCUCCUCAAGUACAACCUGCACCUCCAGCACCUCACCCCUCAUCCAGCCCAUUCUCUGUGGUUAUUCCGGUGAAGUCGUCACCUAGGAAGCCUCCGCCUACCAAGAAUGACCAGCAAAUCAAGGCACCCAGGCUUCAAGUACUUAUAGACCCCGAAGAUUCAACAAGUGCCAUUCGUUUGAGAGAUCAGAAGGCAGAGAUGGAUGAUGCUCUACAGAAGUUGCAAGACCUUCUCCUUGAGGUUUUCGAAGCGGAGGACCAAAUUGAACCAGACCAAACACUUGUGGUAACUGCCGACAGACCGAACCCGAUCUUCGUGAGUGCAAGGUCGUUGGAGGUACACGGUGCGCUCUUAUCUAUGGACGCCCAUAAUCGCCUCCAAAAAUCUAUUCGAAAGGUUGUUGGUUUCAAUCGACUGCAGGACAUUCCCUCUGAUUACCUCACUCGAAUUCAGAAACUUUGUGAAAGGCCAAUUAUUGCUUCCCAAUCACCCGACCUAAGCCUUAACGAUCCGUCAAGCGAUGCAGAGGCGCAGGAAUGGGUUGCAAAGGUUGAUGAUAUCUUGAACACACUGCUCGCCAUUGGAACACUCUUACAAACGAUGUCUGGGCGCCGAACAGAGCGUGAUCUUUGCCCCGAGGAUCUUCUCGAAGCUAUUCCCACUGUCCUCAACCAGGUCUUUGAUCAUUGUAUUAUCCCGGCGGUGGAAUCACGUUCCGGUGGUAAGCACUCCGAGCUUUUCAUGUUUUUCUCGGGGCAAAAACGUAUCAUCGCAAGCUUGAUUCACCAGAGCAAGAAGGUUCUUACUCUUUUUGCGGAUUUUUUGUCCCGUAUCGAAGUCUCUGAAGGGACCAUUACGGCGGCUGAAUUCUUCGCAACAAAAUUGAUUUUCGUUGAGAAUGCACACAAUGAUAAAGAUUCAGCCAUUGGGUAUCAAAAAUACGAACCAGCAAGACGUGCUGCGAUGGAUGUUCUUGCAAAGAUAUUUUCUAAAUACCCAGAUCAACGCCCCUUUAUUCUAGAUGAGAUUCUAGUCUCACUGGAGAAGCUUCCUUCCACUCGACAAAGCGCACGGCAAUUCAAACUUGCAGAUGGCAAAAGCAUACAGCUUCUUACUGCGCUGGUUCUACAGCUUGUGCAGACAACUGCCCUGCAGACGCCUUCUCGGUCGAAGGCAAAAAAGAGAAUACAAAAUAAUGACGAUGACGAACUGAUGAACUAUGAAAACGACGCAAAGAAGACUGGUGAGGAUGAUGAGGAUGAGGAGCUUGAUGAGUCUUUGGAACGCCUGGCAGUCAAGGUGAACCGACUAUAUGACAAUGCGGUGCGCAGUGCGCAAUAUAUUGUCAAGUUUAUAGUUCAGCGAGCAAUGACUUCGACAAAGUCUGGUGACCAGCCGUUCAGAAACAUCCUCGAUCUGUUCACGGAGGACUUGAUCAAUGUACUGGGGUCGAUCGAUUGGCCCGCUGCUGAACUGCUCCUUCGCAUCAUGGCAUCUCACAUGGUUGGUAUCGCCGAUCUAGACAAAAGCCCGGCAACUGCAAAGAGCAUGGCUUUGGAGCUUUUAGGGUGGAUGGGCUCUGCGAUCUCUGAUCUACUUGCCACUGCUCAACAUAUGCUUCCUGCCUUAGAGGACUCAGAUAGUGACCUCACAGAUUCCCUUAGACAACAAUUUGAAGAUUCCUCCACGCGAGCGUUACAUCCGCAAGAUCUUGUUGCCACUCGUGGCCCUUAUCGGAUGGCCCUUGAGUAUUUGUCGCAAGACAAAAAUUCGGACAAUUGGCAACUGACUAGCGCGCGGGGCUAUUAUCUGGCUCAAUGGGCAAAAACGAUCUGCACACUGUACUACAACCCCGAUGGCCAAGGAGAAUUGGACCAAGAUGAUAUCACGGAUGAGCUAGUCGUUGUGCUGUCGCGGUCAUUCUCUGACUCCCGUUGGCUGGAAACUCACAGACAGUUUGACACCAUUCCCAACGCUCAUGGACGAUUUGCCCACAUUCUGACUGUCUUGAACUCGAGUUUUGGCAAAGCAUUCGACACAAUUCUCAAAGUUCUUUUGAACUCAAUUGCUAGCGACCAAGCCAAAGUUCGCAGUCGCAGCUUGAAAAGUGUCAUUUAUAUGCUCGAGAAGGAUCCUAAUCUCCUCGAUCGUGAUGCUUCGGUCAUGCGUGUGAUCCUCCGGUGUACUACGGAUGCUUCGCCUAUGGUUCGAGACUCUGCACUAUCACUUAUCGCCAAGUGCAUUGGUCUCAAACCGAAACUUGAAGAGGAGGGUUGCCGAUGUAUUCUUGCCUGCGCAGCUGAUCAAACAGCUGGCAUUCGUAAGCGCUGCAUCGGUCUGCUCAAGGAACUCUAUCAUAAUACCUCUCGGCAGGAUUUGAAGUUAGCUAUACUCGAUAGUUUUCUUCAACGUACCGGCGACCUCGAGGAAAGCGUUGCAACACUGGCUCGGCUCACAUUUGAAGAAACUUGGCUCGUCCCAUUCCAUGAAUCUAUUGAUUCAACUUCAGAGGGCCCGAAACUCAAGAUGGCCCUUGGAGAGCAGGUUGGAUUGAUUGUCAGUCUCGUCCAACGCAGCGAAAGUGCCCUUGAUUCCCUAAGCACUUGCCUCAAGGCUGUACUUUCAGACAAAUCUAAGUCAGCGACUAUGAAUUUCAAGGUGUGCAAGUCCAUGGUGUCUAUCAUGUUUCAACGCUUAGUUGAAGAUGCGGAUGCUUCUGGCAAAGAUUUUCAGCAAGCCCUCUUACAGACAAUCACCGUCUUUGCCAAGUCUAACGCCAAGCUGUUCACCCCAGAUCAGCUGGAGGCUCUACAUCCUUACGUUGGCAACCUUGCAACUGCAGAUGAUCUAUUCAUAUUCCGAUCUGUUGUGGUCAUCUAUCGUUGUGUCUUGCCAUACCUAUCAUCGUCCCAUAAUACCCUUUUGAAAGAAGUACAAAAUGAUCUGUUCAAAAGUGUGGCCAAGUUAGCACGUUCGGAGCUGAAUGAGGUCAUGGCAUGUCUUUGGACUGUCAAUGGUGUUUUACAAAACACGGACAGAUUAGUUAAGUUGACAGUAUCUGUUCUGAAGCCAUUACAGCAAUACAAGGGUGUUGACCUUUCGACAAGUGCAAAUGCUGCUGUCUCGGCUCGCGCUAAAAGUUAUAUACGGAUUGCCGGCUGCGUUGGACGGCAUUGUGACCUUGAAAAGUAUUUAAAUCAUUUUAAGAGCUCUUUCCCCACGUGGAAUGGCGGGUCUGUGGCUAGUUUGAUGGUCGACUCUAUUCUCCCCUUCACACACUCGAACCAGCCGAUGGAGUUGAGAGUCAUGGCCCUUGAGAGCUUGGGCUCCAUCUGCCAAUCAUGGCCCGCCCAGUUUGGUCGCGAACCUACGCGCAAGACGUUCCAGCAGGUCUUCAAGGAAGACGCUCCUAGCUUGCAGAACAUCGUACUUCGGUCAUUUGCAGACUUCUUUGCGAUCCACGAGGGCAAGUCUGAAAAGGCGGUCAUGCCAACCCCAGAUGGGACUUCUCAAGAAGAGUCUACUCGACUAGGAGGAUCGCUCAAGGCCAGUGAUAAUGAUGGCGCUGCUGCUUUGAUCGCUCAACACUUUCUUAAGGACAUGUUGAAAGUUGCACAAUCGCGACAAGACACAUAUUCUCUUACCGCGAUUGAACUCAUCGCAAGCAUCAACCGACAGGGACUGGUGCAUCCCAAAGAAUGCGCAGGUGUCCUUGUUUCUCUGGAGACGUCGACAGUACCAGCAAUUGCCAAAGUCGCAUAUGACACCCAUAAAAUGCUUCACUCUCAGUACGAAUCGAUGUUCGAACGAGAAUACAUGCGAGCUAUUCAAGAAGCCUUUUACUACCAGCGAGACGUGGUUGGCGACUCUAGUGGCGCAACUGCUCGUCCUUACGUCUCAAAACUCGCUCCACUGUUCGAAAUCGUCAAAAUCAGCAACAGCCGUUACCAGAAGAAGUUCCUUUCGAACCUUUGCGGCAAGGUCAAUUUUGAAUUGAAAAAGCUUAAAGCCAUUGGUGAUCCGCCAGAACACCUUUUGCUCACAAGAUUUGUUUCUCAAAAUCUUGCCUACUUCGAUUACGGUCAGCUGGCUGAGCUACUGCCUACGAUACAGACUAUUGAGCGCAUUGUCUCAUCAACUGGUACGGUGGUUGCGCAUGGCAUUGAGACGGAGAUGUUUCCCAGCCCUAUUGGGCCUCCCAUGGUAGAGACCCCGAAUGGUAUAAUGGAUAUGUCCCCCGCCAUCCCAAUGCCGCCCCCUGUACCGCAGGCCGUCAAUCCCGACACUCUAAGACUACUGGCCACCGCCGCUGCAUCGCUUUCCAUGCUAUGGGAAGCAAGAACUUACUUGCGACGCCUUUACGGCGUGAAUUCUCAUGGCAAAGAGAAAGAAGGGAAAAUAGCGGCUAAAGAACUCAACAAAAGCGCAACAAAAGUACAUGGCAUAACUGGUGAGCGGUUCUGGGAGGCAGUCGCAAAAAAUAUGGCAUCGCUCAAUGAUGAAGAGGCCAUGCUGAGGAAAUGCCGAGAGUUUUCAACUUUGCUCGCGAUCGACGAUGAGUUCAAGGUAGAUCGAGGCAAUGAUGACGAUGGUGACAUUGAUGCCAUUGGAGAAAUUGAUGACAUGGAUGGCACCGCUGGUGUAUCCCGUCCCACUAAACGCAAAGGCUCCGUCUCGAGUACAAGCGUUAGCAAACGCCCCAAGAGCCGCAAAAGCUCGGUUGGGAAGAAACUAUCGAGUACGGAUCCCGAUGAUUGGGACUAA